CUGUAAUACGUACAUUUAUUCUAGACUAGAUAAAGAAUAUAGACACAAAGGAUAUAUUCCAAUUUGCAAGUUUUCUGUAAAUAUAACCCAAAACAAGAAGUUGGUCCUAGAUUCAAGUUUUCAAUAGUUAUCAACUUCAGACGAUUUUAGUUUUCACUAUUUCAUCAUAACGAUCUCAUAAUGAGUUCUGGAAUAAUAACUAAAUUUUCGAAAAAGCCAGAUCCAUAUGCUAUGGAAAAUGUUAGGUGCCAAAAAUGCCUCGCUAUGGGACAUUGGAGCUAUGAGUGCAAGGGAAAAAGAAAAUAUCUGCACCGUUCUUCGCGAACUGUACAAUUAAAAAAAUCUUUGGAAGCACCCGCUAAAGCCAUAGAAGGAGAAUCAAAAGAAAAAAAGUCUACUAAUUCUAAACUUAAAAUAAAGGAUAAAUCCAGCACAAGUAGCGACAGUGACAGUGACAGUGAUAGCAACAGCGAUAGCGAUAGUGACAGUGAUAGUAAUAGUAGCAGUAGCACAUCGAGUAGCAGUAGUUCGUCUAAUAGUGAAUCUGAUUCAAGUGAUAGCAUCUCCAGUACUUCUUCAGAUAGCAGUGACUCUAGUAGUGACAGUAGCACUUCAAGUAUUGAAGCCAAAAAAUCAAAGUCAAAUAAGAAAAAAAGAAGGCAUUGAAAUUCAUGAGAUGUAAUUUAAUUAAUUUUUAAAUUACCAUUUUAUACCUUUAACAAUGAACACCACUCAGCUUUUAUAGUAGUUAAGAUGAUUAAAUAAUUUUUUUUUGAAAAGAUUCAUGCAAAAAAUGCAACAAUUGAAAAAUUAUAUUUUCUAAUUCAUAGAUAAAACGAAAAACAUUAAUGAAUACAUUUUUCUAUAAUCAUUAUUGAAAAAAUCAUGCAAAAACUAAAAGUAAUCUA